UACACAGUCCUUUCUUUAUUAAAUACAGGACAUGUACAGUCCACACACCCUCUGUGGGUUAAAAAGAAGAUUCAUUCAGGUAUAAUAUAAGUGGACUUGUUUUGCUGCUUUAACCCACAGUAAAUAUAGUUUUAAUUAAACACAUCCUUCAUAAUGUAGCUCAGACUCUAGUGUUAUCACGCUAACGCUGUUAACAGAUCAGACUUUUUCCUCCGCACACUCAGUUUGUUAAACGGUUCAUUUAGGUUUCAGCCUGGACCUGGUUCCUGAGGAUCCGCCUUCAGACCCCUCCCUGUCUCAGACAGACUGAGAACACAGAUCUGUUCUCACUCACUCAGCUUCCGAUAUUUCUGCCUCGCGCAGGCUGCGCAGUUUCAUCCAGCUAUGUAAUCUAUCAACUUUAAGGUUUAUAGAUUAUAGAUUUAUAGAUUAUCGAUAAGGCUCUUCAGUGAACACCGCUCGGUAGAUACCGGUCUUUGGAUAUUAUUUUGACAUCUGGAUCAUCGGGACCAGUUGGACUGAUCAUGUCUGUUUCAACAUCUGCGUCACUGUGGACUCUGCUGUCUCUCUGGGUCCUGGUCUCUGCCUCUGAAGUUCAGAACAUCACAGCUGAUCCUGGACAGACUGUCACUCUGCCAUGUCGAGCUCCCAGAGACACCAAGAUCAUAGUUGUAGAGUGGACCAGACCUGAUCUGAAGACAGAAAAAUAUGUCUUUUUGCAGCGGGGCAGUCAGCCUGUUACAGACAAACAGCAUCCAUCUUUUCAGGACAGGGUGGAUCUGGUGGACAGACAGAUGAAGGACGGUAACGUGUCUUUGAUUCUGAAGAAUGUGACGAGAGAGGACACAGGAAGAUACAAGUGUCGAGUCGUCCAGAGAGAAACAAACCGCAGGAAGAGAUCUUUCCUGAACACUGAGCCCAUCAUCAGCAUCAUUGACCUGGAUGUUCGUUCCUCAGCUCACACAGGUGGAGACAGCAGAGGACAUGUUGGACUGGCUGCUGGUCUCUCAGUUGUUGCUGUGGUUGCUCUUGUUGUUGUUGCUUUGGGGAUCUUCAUGUCUAAAAGACACAUGAAGAAGAAUCCUCCUCCUCCUGCUGCUGCUGCUGAUGAAGAAGCAGGUGAACAGAUGUUAUGAAAUAUAAUCAGUAAAUGUAAAAUAACCGACAUGUAUAAACCUGUGACAGCAGCAGACAAACCACUGUCUGAGACAAAAUAUCAGUAGAAGUGAAGACGUCUCUCAGCUCAGCUCCAACAUCCACAUGUAACUGGACCCGAAACAAACUGAAGAAAGAAUCCAGUAAAGAAACAGUGACAAAGAAAUGUGUCACAAACUGGCUGUUACAAAGAGUUCAGUCACAGGAGAAAGUUGGGAAAUCAGUGUUCUAAAUCAAAGUCUGGUCCUCCACACUGGACCAGUCAUGUGAUCUUAAUCUGCCACCUUAUCGUGGUGGAGGGGAUUGUGACCUCAGGGGAUUCUGUCCAUAUUAAUGUAUCAGUGUGUAACAGUGGGUUGUUGCUUCAGUCACUCAUCACUGUGGAACUAUGCUUCAUGUUAUCAGCUGCUGAAAUGUUUUCUAUCUUCACGUCUGGAGCUGCUUCAGCUGCACGAUGCAUUCUAUACAUUUAUACUGAUCUACUAUUAAGCUCCAAACUGAUCUGAACUCAGUUAAUGUCUGCAGAGAAAACACUGAGUUCAUGAAGAGGAAGUGAAGAAGUAAAAAGAUGAAAAAAGUAGAAAUUAAUGAACUGAACAGAAUUAAAAUGUCAGCAUACUUAUUGACCAUUUUAAAUUAUUAAAAUGAGCUUUAUUAUCAUUGUAAAUAGUACAGGUAGAAAAAGAUGCUGAAGUCAUCAUUGGCACUGAUGCUGUUGUAGUGGAUUAUAGUACAGGUUUCCAUAUUAGAAUCUCUGCUGUAAAGAUUUGUUUUUAGUUAUUUCUUUAUUUUUGAUAUAUAUUAUAUAUUUUUUUAAUUCAGUCUUUGGCUCUGCACAUCAAUGACUCAGCGCUCAUCUCUGAGCUCUGAUGAAUUAUGUGUGAUAAAAUAAUGAAAUAAUAAAUUUUGCAUUCUGAAAGAG